AUGGAUUUCCUCAAGAAAUUAGCCAAAAGUGAUGCGGGGCAGAUGGCAAUGAAUAUGGUCCGACAAAAUGUUGAAGAAAAAUUCAAGGAGUACACUGCUUCUCAACAAAAUUCAGUUGGAUCGGCAUCUCAAUCUGGGGAUACUGAAGGGCAGCCGUUGUGGCCGGGACCCGUGAACAAAUCUCUUCCGUUCGCCAUCGAGAAGAAACUUUCAUCCAACUUUUCACGUGCCACGUACGGAGAUGGCUAUGCUUUGGUAUAUACACCAACUAACUAUAUAGUCUACGCCAACGACGAUUCCACAUAUAUCGAUCACUUGGAAUAUCUCUGGAAAGAGUUCGAUGAGUGUGUUUUGCAACACAAUGACCCUGUCAAACUAAUCGACGACUUGGUGCAAGCGAUUAUUCGGGAAAAAGAGCAGCAAUCUGAUUGUCUUCCUGUUUUCUUUGCUAUCAUUGCAGGAUUCUCAAAAUAUGUCAAGCAACAACAGGAGAAAGGAGGAACAAGAUUCUCUAUGUCGAAGUUGAACAAACGUGGGGACACACCAGUUCAUGUUGCAGCAGAGUAUGGAACGAUUGGACUUCUACAGUGUUUGUGGGAUGAGUGCUUCGAUCCGUUGACAAUCAAUCAGAAUGGGGAAACUAUCCUCCAAGUGGCACGUAGUCGCCCUGAUAUUAUCAAGUACAUCACUAAAAACGUGAAAGGAGAAGUUUUCGAUCGGAUGAUUCUUACCGCUGAAAACCACCCAACACCUUUGGAGCCCAAAUAUCCGAAAUCCUUUGAAUCGAUCCUCAAAUACACAAUCGACAACAACUUGCCUCACUGCCUCUUUGCGCCUGGAGUGUUGAUCAGUUCAUCGAAAUUUAGUUUUCGAGAUUUGGAGACAGUGCUCAAAAUUUUGUACAUACAGGACUCGGACUUUUUGGGAAGACUCCACAAGUCUCAGAACAUCUUUCAUAACAUUAACGCUUUUUCGCACCAACAACAGAAAUUGAUCAUGAGCUUUGCCAAAUUGGAAAUGUUGAACGUUCAAGAUUCCGAUGGAUUGACGCCAAUUCAUUGUAUAGCCAAAAGCGGAAGUGUUGAAACAUUCCUCACGAUGUGGUCUUAUGGUGCUGAUAUCAAUCUCUUGAGCAACAACGGACAGUACCCAAUGGACUAUGCUCUUGUUCGUGAUGACCUCGAUCUUGUCAAAGCUUUUCUCGCAUUCGACGGAAAUUACAGUGACCGUUUCAUGAAAGAUGCAGUUAGUCAGAAGAGUAGAAAGUGUUCGGAGACUCUUAAAAAACAUUUCAAAGCACUCGAGGAAACGAAAAACAACAAGAUUGAAUUUAACAACAGUGAUCCAACUCAUCGUCGCUGUAAAAACUUUCCUGCUAUCACAAAAGAUGAUCGGAUCGUGCUCUCAAUCGAUGGUGGUGGUAUGAAAGGAAUCCUUGCGUUACAAUUGUUGAAAGAGAUUGAGAAAAUUGUUGGCAACCAUUUCUUGAAGCGGUUCAAUCAUAUUGGUGGCACCUCAACAGGAUCAAUGAUUACCCUUGGAUUGGUUCAAUACGGAAACAUCGAUCAUGUUAUUAGACAAUAUUUUAGAAUGAAGGAUGAAAUCUUCAUUGGAUCUCGACCAUACUCCGGAGAAGGCCUUGAGAAUGCUCUGAUCAACGAAUUUGGAAGAGACACUCUGAAACAGCUUGGCGAGAAGAACAACAUCAGAGUUUGUAUUCCGGUGGCUCGUGUUGAUAUCAGCCCACCACAACUCUACAUGUUUCGCAGUUACGACUUGCGUGAUCCAGUUUUUGAAAAAGAUUCAUCAAACUUGAACUGGUGCGCUGCCAAAGUGGUUCGAUCUUCUUCUGCGGCACCGUCUUUCUUUCCACCGGUCGACGGAAAGUUUAUGGAUGGGGGACUCAUUGCUAACAACCCAUCAAUUGAUAUUCUAACGGAUUGUCAACGUUUGGAGUUUGAGAGAAAUGAGAGGAAUAUCACAAAAAUUAUUGUGUCAGUUGGAACUGGAGCGAUGGAGAAGAAGAUUGAUAAUAUUGAUUUAAUGAAACCAACAACUAUGGGUGGAAUAAUCAACACUUUCAAUCAAGUCCUUCAUCUCAAAGAUGUCUUUAUUGAGCAGCUAACCGCUUCCGAUGGAGUGACUGUCGAGCGUGCUCGUUGGAUGGCUGAAGCGAUGGGAAUGGCUUUCUUCCGAUUCACACCAAAUCUCGAGUUUCCGGUCGCUAUUGACGAAAAGAAAGACAGCGCUCUCAUAGAUGCGAUGCUCGCUGUCAAGUACGAAGCCAUUACAAUGCGCAACGAGAUGCUCAUGCUCGCCUCGAUUUUUAAGUAG